AUGGCUAUUCCGUCUCAUCCAAAGAUUGGAACAAAACCGGUCAAGUCUUUUGCAGAACUGACCGCAACAAUUUAUCCUCCCGACCCGGAAUAUGAUAUUGCUGAAAAGCCUUGGCUUCCUGGGCCCCAGAAGCCAUAUCUUCUUUACAAUACAAAGCUCGUCGAUCCCAGAGCGGGAGUUGUCCACGAGGGGAUGAGUCUGCAUCUGGCAGGCGGCAAGAUAGUGAAGGUUGCACCCACGACUUCUCAUGAUUUGACCGCCGAGUUCCGUUAUGGAGAGCAGCAAGUGGAAAAGAUAGACGCAAGUGCAGAUUAUUUGUGUCCAGGAUUGAUUGAUUGUCAUGUUCACCUGAUGGCAGUUCACGGCAGCGCGACACUCCACGGGGCUUUCACGUUUCCUCACGAGACUGCUGUUCUCAGGACCGCAGGUACUCUGCGAGGCAUUCUUUCUAAUGGAUUCACCUCUGUCCGGGAUACGGGCGGUGCAACAAUCGCACAUGCUCAAGCUACGGAAGAAUUUCUCAUACCCGGACCUCGCGUUUUCCAGGGCGGAAGGAUGCUAUCCCAGGCUGGCGGCCACGGCGAUGACACUGAGGUUUGGAGCGAUAAUCAUUGUUGCCCGAGCAAUGGUAUCGCGAACUCCGCCCUUGGAAGACUCUGCGACGGGGUCCCCGAAUGCCUGCAAGCGGCGAGGGACAACAUGCGUAAAGGUGCACAGCAUCUCAAAAUGUGCACUUCCGGAGGCAUCGCAUCAGCUACGGAUAAGCUCGAGUGCAAAAUCAGUCAUUCUAUUAUCUUUACACUACUGCGCGACAAAGGAUUGUAA